CGGGAGUCGGGCGAGUGUGGGAGGGAAUUCUGAACGUCAAAGUGGAGCACUUUACAAGAGGGGAGGGUUUAAUGUUUACACAGAAUCCCAAAUCAUAUAAUAAAUACCUCUGGUUUUUAAAAUCUCGCUGCUAAGCCAGACACAUCCAAAUACUAAGAUUUGAACCAUUACGUUUUCAGGAGAAGAGAAACUUGACAUGAGGAAAAACACCAUGAGGCUUCUCUGUGCUUCCCUUUCUCUUGCCAUGGUAUGCUGGCUAGCCGAAGGUACCCUGUCAAAAACAGAUGCAAAGAAAGGUGCUACAAAAAAGCUGGAGGAAAAGAAGCUGCAUUCUGAUAAAAAUGUUCAGGACCGGGGAUUGGUAGUUGUGGAUCCAAAAGCAAAGGAUAUUAUACUGGAACAUAAAAGUUAUUGCUCCAAGAAGAUGAAGGAACGACAUUUCUCAGGAGAUGUUCUGGGAUACAUUACUCCUUGGAACAACCAUGGCUAUGACAUUGCUAAAAUAUUUGGAAACAAAUUUACACUAAUCUCACCGGUUUGGUUACAAGUGAAGAGGAGAGGGAAGGAAAGGUUCCAGUUCACUGGGCUCCAUGAUGCUGAUCAAGGCUGGAUGAAAGAUGUGAGAAAAACCUCCAAAAACAUAAAAAUAGUGCCUCGAAUUUUGUUUGAUGGCUGGACUUAUCAAGACUUUGAGAGUGUUUUUGGCAGUGAAGAUGAGAUAGAGGAGCUUUCCAAGAACAUGGUUCUGCUAGCCAAGAGUGAAAAUUUUGAUGGUUUUGUAGUUGAAGUGUGGAGUCAAUUGGGAAAUCAAAAGCAAACGGAGUUGAUUCACUUGCUCACUCACCUUUCUGAAGCUCUGCAUGAAGCACAACUUAAAUUCAUACUGGUCAUCCCUCCUGCAGUUGCAGCAGGGACCAACCAGCCAGGAAUGUUCACAAAGAGAGAAUUUGAUCAGUUGGCCUCAGCAGUAGACAGCUUCAGUCUCAUGACGUACGACUAUUCAGCACCACAUCGACCUGGUCCAAAUUCCCCCCUUCCCUGGGUACGAGCUUGUGUUGAAGUACUGGAUCCUGAUUCAAAAUGGAGGAAUAAAAUACUUCUAGGACUGAAUUUCUAUGGCAUGGACUAUUCUGCUUUGGGAACCUCUGGGGAGCCAAUCCUUGGCAGCAGGUAUAUUGAAACCUUGAAGGAACACAAGCCAAAAAUUGUCUGGGAUGAACAAAUUGCUGAACACUACUUUGAAUACAAAAAAAAUAAGGGAGGAAAACAUGCAGUCUUCUACCCGACACUGAAGUCCAUCCAGUUGCGCUUGGAGCUUGCAAAAGAAUUGGGCACUGGAAUAUCCAUCUGGGAACUGGGACAAGGCCUGGACUAUUUUUAUGAUCUGCUUUAAAAUGAGAGAUGAUCUUAGAAAGACUUUAUUUGCUUCACUGAGGCUCCACCUUCAAUUAAUCUGAGUAUCCUGGAGAGGUGAUUUUUAAAGCAGUUUUUGUAAUUUAUAUCAUAUCUGUAUUAAACUUGCAUUUUUUUCCCAAUAAAGAAUCCAUUUUGAUUUGCCAGACAGACAUGAUUGUUGGUAUCUGAUGAAAUUCUGACAAAAACCUACAGAAAUGUCCCUUAAAGCACCUGAGUUCCAAGUCAUUGAAAACAGACCAACAUAGCUGGAUGGAGUCAGAGUUGAAAAUAUUUUCUGAAAUGUUUUCUACAAGAAGUAAAAUGGGAAAGUUGAUGCUAUCUGAUCAGAGUUUAAGACGGAGACCUUUCAAAGAGCUACUGGUAUUAACCAAAGUAAGAGAACAAAUAAAUCCAUCAUAUUACAUCAUCCAUACAAAUUUAAAAUCUGCUGGGCUCUCUGCAUCUUGCUGUCUUCUGGUAAGGUAAGUGAACAUAAAAUGUCAGGAGGGGAGACCAAUCAAAGGACUUUCCCUCAAGCUGGUAGAAAUCAAGCACUGACAAGCUAAGCUGUUGGCUCUGUUUGUUUUGUCAUGUUAGUAAAUUCCUUAAGUAGUUCAAAGUCACAGUAAUUUCAAUUUAUGACCUGUUUCUAAAUUAGUUCUGGUACAAGAGGUGCUCUGUGAUUUCUCUACUCUGCUUAGCCAGCUUGUGGCUCAGUUACAGUAUUUAGCCCUGGAGUGUGAUGCAUUAGUGGCCAGUUUGUGGGAACUGUAACAUUCAGCAACAAAGGCUCUGAUGAUAAUCAUGGAUUCCAUGGACAUGAUGGAUCCCAUGGCCCCAGCAGCUCUGGCAACCUCUUGACUUUAAGCAGGCUCUGUAAAUGUCAUCAGCACCUUUGUGCAUGAAGCUGUCAUUCUUCAGCUGCACACAUUGGUGCUUUUAUCUCCGUAAUGUGGAUUUUUUAGGAAUCCAACAGCUGUAAAAACCCAUCAGUUUAAAAACAAAGCCAAGAAAUUGUGUCCCUGCCUCUUGGUUUAUAGUAUUUGUGUUUGUAGAAAUCCACAGGCUUCAAGGCAAUUUCUUCUAAGGAACUAAGAGGUGCUGGGAAUUUGAUGAGGGUGUCAUUGGUCACCAGCAGAGACCGAGGCAAAGAGCUCUGUACUCCCACUGGUGUUCUUCUUGCCACUUAGAGUUGUCACAAAGAUGACUGCACUCCUCUGUUCACAUCCACCCUUCCCAGUAAUUAAUCUCAGCGGGGAAUUUAUCUGCCCCUGCUGUUUUCAGCAGAAUAAAUCCCACUGUAAUCCACCAUUGAUUAAAGAACUAUUGAUCUUCACCUUUCUGAUUUAGUUCUGGCAUCUCUUGACUUUUCACAUUGCGAGUAUCCAGCUGGGGUAACUAAUCAGGUUUCUUUCUUCCAUACCAUUAGUAGUAAGAUAAUUUGCUACAUGAAUCCUUGUGUUCAAUUAACUUGAACUUUCUAGUUAGUUCAAAAGCAAUUUAAAGUCACUCUGGCAAUGGUAUCUAGAAUAGCACAGGAAUUAAAUUCUAUUACACUGUUUUUUUCUACUUUCAGUGGCACUAUUGAACCACAGUGUCUCAGAAAAAAAUACUCAGAAAUGGAAGGGGUUGUGUUCUGAAAUGGUGUCCAUUUUUAUAAUAGCUAGUAGGUAGCUUCCCAACUUGGAUGUGGAGAAGAAAAUGAUAUUUCAUUUUAGCUUCUUUCUUCUCUAGAAAAGAUAUACAUAAUUUAUCACAGAUUUCAUUUUGUUUCUAUUCUGUGAUGAUUUUUUGUGAGGUACAUGAUUCCUGUUUGUCUCUGAGUACAGCUAUGUUAGAAAGAAAUGUCUUUUCCAUCCUUAGAGGUAGAAAAAAUUCCUCUGUGUUUCAAAAAGAUAGAAAUAACCCUUGCUGUUUCCUGAAAAAUAAAUAUGUGAGAAGUACCAGAUGUACCAGAAGUACCAGGCUUUUGAGCCAUCCAUGGUAUAUUGGUGUUUAAGAACAAGAAUGUUGCCUUUGUGUCUCUAAAGGUAAAACAUGUUUGUUGCAUUAGAAAUAAUAUUCUAAAAGAAACAAAGUUGAAUUUAUUCUUAAUUAUUAAAUUCUCUGGAAAAAAAAAGAAAAAAAAAGAAGAAAUGAGCAUCAGAAGGGGUGUGAACUCCAGAAUUAAAGCAUAACAGCUUCUGA